AAUAUUAGAUUUUGAAGUGCAUGGUUACAGUGCAUCGUUCAGAAUUCUGUGUUUGUGCAUGUGAUAUAAUGCGCAUAUGAUCUGUAGGAAAUGAGCAACUUCAUUUUUUUAAUAUGUUCAUUAUUAAGUUUAAAUUUGGGAAACGGAUACAGGAUUUUGGUAUUGUUUCCGUUCCAGGGAAGAAGUCAUUUCAUAAUUGUGGAACCUUUGUUAAAGGAACUUGCUGCAAGAGGGCAUAAUGUUGACGUUUUUGGACAUUUUCCACAGAAAGAAAAGAUUCCAAGAUACAAUGACUUAAGUAUAGCAGGAACUUUACCAAUACUAUUAGGAACGUUUAAAAUUGAUGAAAUGGAAAGCAAUACAAACUUUUUCAGUUGGUUCCAUAUGACACUGUCAAAAUUCGGUCUGAAAUAUUGCGAGAAUGCUUUCAACACCACUGUAGCUAAAGAUAUUCGAGACAGUAAAGUAAAAUACGAUCUAAUAAUAACGCAAAUAUUUCUUAACGAUUGUAUGUAUGGUUUUGCACAUCAUUUUCAAGCUCCGGUUGUAGCAGUUUCUACCAGUACAGAUGUACCAUGGGGUGGAAGUAGAAUAGGUAGUCCUGCUAACCCUUCUUAUAUACCGAUAUUUUUCUCUACGAAUGCAGGAAAAAUGGAUUUAGCUCGAAGAUUUUGGAAUACAAUUUACUAUGUGGGAACUUAUGCUAUUUAUAACAUGUAUGCGAUGCACCACGGAAAUGAAAUGAUGCAAGAAUUCUUUGGCUACAGAAUGCCCCAUCUUAACCAGCUUAUCUAUAAUUAUACUAGUUUAAUUUUGAGUAAUACCCACUUUAGUACCAAUUAUGUAUCUCCAAAGCCACCGAAUCUCAUCGAGGUUGCAGGAAUGCACAUAUUACCCCCCAAACCCUUGCCAAAGAAUAUAAAAAAUGAACUAGAAAUGGAAAUUGGGACCAAAUACAAGGGCGUUAUUUACUUAAGCUUUGGUUCACUUAUAGCUGUAGAAUCAGUAAAUUGGAAUGCUCUAAACGCUUUUUGUGGGGCUUUUGCUCAGCUACCAUACAAAGUUUUGUGGAAAGCAGAUGUAGAAAAACUUCCAAAAAAUCUCACAAUACCGUCUAAUGUGCAUUUUGAAAAAUGGAUGCCCCAACGUGAUAUUCUUUGUCAUCCCAAUGUGAAGGUAUUUAUAUCCCAUGGUGGAUUAAUGGGUACUUUAGAAAGCAUACACUGUGGCGUUCCCACUGUGGGUUUUCCAGUGUUCGCCGAUCAAGAAUUAAACAUUGAAAACUCAAAAAUAAGAGGAUUCGCAUUAAGAUUAGAUUUCAAAGACGUGACUACAGAAACAUUUUUUUACACGCUUAAGGAACUUUUAGAGAAUCCAAAGUACAAAAAGAAUGUUGAAAAAUAUUCUACAUUAUUUAGUGAUAGGCCUCAGCCUCCAUUGGAGACGGCAGUCUAUUGGACCGAAUAUGUCAUGAAAUAUAAGGGAGCACCACAACUGCAAAGUGUGUCAGUAGAGCUGCCAUGAGUUUAUUUGAGCAAUUUCGUAAUAAAACAGUAGAAAUGGUUUGAGUCUUGUUCUAAAUGAAAUGAAGCAUGAGGCCGAAAUUUACAUAGCAUCGAUCCAACACCGGAUGGAAUAGAAUCGCUAUCGAUCUACAAACGGAGACAUGUAGUCCUAGCCUAAAACUAUAUGCGAAUUAAAAAAUAAUCCAAGCAUUCCUUCAAUCGAAAAUAGAAAAAGUAAUAGAACAUUACAAAUAAAGACUAACUAAAAGGUAAACAUCCACAUGAUCUAUACCUAUACGAGUUGUUUCCGAUAGACAUACACAAGUUUAUUUAUUGAAAAAAUAAUCUGAAAUUAAAGCCUGCUCAUAUACAAAACUAACUUAGUCAGAAAUUCUUUAAACUAAGAAAUAUUUUGUCUAUUU